UGAUCGGUCUGUUCUUUUUGGAUCAAUUCAAUUGACUUAUUAAUUGCUAUUGGUUGAAAGGUAAGACGUAACAAAGAAAAUGGCUGCCAUCGUUGAGUUCUAAUAUGAACCACAAAGGUCAACCCAUCUUUAUCUUUUUUCUUUUUCAAAUUUUCCUUUGCACGUCCUCUCUCUUUUUCUGUUGCAACUGCUGCUUUUAACUUCCUCAACUUCCCUUGGCCCACAAAUGGCCACACCAAGAUUCUAAAUUAUGGGUUCCCUUUCCUGUAUUAUUUUAUACUAAUAAUAUUCUUCUUUUGUUAUAAAUCCCCCAUUAUUGAGAGCUUCUCGACUUUCCUUUUCUGCCAAGAGAAAUCUAGGAUCUCUCUUCUUCUCUCAGGUUGAUAUAACUCUUUUGUUUUUCUUGAUGUUAGAUUGAUGGAGGAUUACUCCAUCAAUUCAUCUAUACACAAAUCUGUUGCUUCCAAAGGAACAGCAAGAACCAAGGACUCAGUACCUGAGGAAAGUGGCUGGACAGCUUACUUUGAAGAUUUCUCAAAUAAUGAUCAUUCUAGUUUUAGUUGUAGCUCUUCCUUGAUCUCAGACGCUGCAACAAACGGGGCUGCGUGGAAAAUAUCCCACAAUAACGAUCAUGGUUUUGCCUUUUCUUCACCCUGUGCCCCUUCAUCAAAACUUCCCAAAAAAUUAAGGUUCAAGAAAACAAGAACCAAAGAAAUUUGUGAAGAUGAUUCUUUGGAGGAUACUGCUAGUUCUCCAGUCAAUAGUCCCAAGGUUAGUGACUUGAAAUCAGAUGAUAUGAAUCCCAAAAAGAGAGAAGAUCAGGUCCACAGUUCUCUGGGGAAAGAAACUGCUUCAGAGAAUUAUUCAGAGAUACAGAUGGAAGAAGGAAACAAAAUGAAUUUUGAUCAUGGGAAGAAUGAUUGCACAGAGCUAAACAAAAAAGGGCUGUGUUUAGUUCCUUUGUCAAUGUUAGUUCACUAUCUUGGUUGAUACUCAACAUUUUAUUAUUAAUCUCUUUCUCUUAAUGGAAGAAGGAAACAAAAUGAAUUUUGAUCAUGGGAAGAAUGAUUGCACAGAGCUAAACAAAAAAGGGCUGUGUUUAGUUCCUUUGUCAAUGUUAGUUCACUAUCUUGGUUGAUACUCAACAUUUUAUUAUUAAUCUCUUUCUCUUCCCUCUUCUUCCUACCUUUCUCUCAUGUCUUCCAUGUAGCCAUGCCAGCUAGCUGUACUGAAUCAAAUCAUUGUAUAAAGAAAAUAUCUAUGUUCAUAUUUGUUGAUUA